AUGUCAAUGAAAGAAAACAGAAGGCUGUCUCUCCUUAAUUCUCACCUUUUAUCCCAGUUCCCUCAAGUCGCUUAUGACGAUUCUCUUGCAAAUUUCCGCAAGCGCACUGAAAAUCUGAACAGUGACCUUCUGUUUUCUAUUUAUUUUGGCAAAGUCGCCGAUGGCCUUAAAAGAAUGAGGUCAAUAAUGACGAGCAAUCCUCUAUUUGACAAGUUCAAAGAGCUUGAUUUAUCAUUAGACCAAAGAAGGGAGAGAAUUGUCCAGCAGAUAUCUGCGAUUUAUUUUCAGUCUGGGUUGACUUAUCAAGAAGAUUUUAAAAGUCCUUAUAAGCUGCUUGAGCUUUUUUGGUCGACAGCGGAAUAUGAGCUGGCGUUAACGACCAAAAUGAGCGUUACACUUUUGCUGUAUGGGGAUACAAUCAGGUCAUUUGGAACUGAAAAGCAUUGGUGCAAUUUUUUUUAUAAAAAAGAUUACAUAUAAUAAAAAAAUAGAAUAAUUUUUCUUUAAAAAAUGACCUAAAGCAUAUUCAGUUAGCAGAAAGAGCUUACGCGCUAAAAGACAUUGGGUCGAUUUCUAUGACAGAAAUAGGUCAUGGCUCAAAUGUCCCAGGCGUUGAAACAAUAGCUACUUAUGAUCAUUCUACCAGAGAGUUUAUCAUCAAUAGCCCAACAGCUACAUCAGUGAAAUGACUCGUUGGAGGAGUUGGGAAAACUUCUAAUAUGACUGCCUUAUUCGCCAGACUAAUUGUCGACAACAUAGAUAGAGGAGUCCACGUUUUCGCUAUAAAAAUAAGAGACAGCGUAACUCAUGACCCUAUGCCUGGAAUCAUAAUUGGCGAUGUAGGCUUAAAAACUGCUUUAAAUGGUAUUGAUAAUGGAUUUUUGAUAUUUAAAAAUUGUAGGGUCCCUUAUGACAGCUUAUUAGACAAGUUGAGCUCAAUAACACCUGAAGGAAAAUUCAAAAGCUCAGUCAAAAGUAAAGAAAAAAGGCUUGGGAUUAUAAUAUCAGGGAUUAUCAGAGGAAGAAUCACAGUUGUAGGAGGAACUGAAGUGCAUAUAAGAAAAGGUCUAACUAUUGCCUUACGUUAUGGUGCAUUGAGAAAACAGUUUGGUAAAAAAGAUGGCACUGAAAGCUCACUUCUUGACUAUCAAAGCCAUUACUUUAGACUAAUCCCCCAUCUCGCUAAAAUGUUUGCAAUACAGGCAGGUGUCGAAUAUCUCUUGGUGAGGCGAUUUGGACGCUUUUUAAGAUGGCAAAUAUUUUGGUGCAGGUUGGCAAAAAAAAGCCAAGGUCGUAAAAAUUUUGGCAAAAAGUGGCGAAAAAUGGCAAAAAAUGGCAAAGAUUUGCGAAAAAAUGGCGAAUAUUUGCGAAAAAUGGCAAAAAUUCGCGAAAAAUGGCAAAAGACGGCAAAAAAAAAAUGUAAAAAAUGCAAAAAAUUGUCGAAAAUUGGCAAAAAAAAGCUAAGGUGGCGAAUAUUUUGGCAAAAUGGCGAAAAUUUUGCGAAAAUGGCAAAAAAAAUUCCCUCAAAAAUUCAGACUGUAAAAAUGAAAUCAAUCUUAUAAUUGGUGCAGAUAAAGCAAAGAUAUAUAGCAUUACAUUGUAUGAGAGUUAAAUAGAUUAUCAAGGAAAAAUCUUAAUAAUAGACGUUAAUAGCCUUAACUCUUAGAGGAUUUAUCAGAAUCAUUAAAGCAAAAAUUGAAAAUUUUGGGGUGGCGAAACUUAUUUUUGAGAUAAUCAUGGUAACUAUGUAUUAAAACGAAAGCUGAAGAUGCAUUAAUUCAUUUGAUGUAAAAUUAAGCAUCCCAAAUACCAUGUUUGCAAAAAUAUUAACAUUUUUGUAAAUUUUAUAAACAUAACUGAAGCAUUAAAAAUUGCAAGUCUUAAACUGAUUAAAAGAUAUGAUAAAGUGUGCAAAACUAUAAGCAGUAUAAUGCAUAGUGCAAUAUGUGUUUUAUCUUUUAAUAAAAUGCUACAGUUAUAUACAAAUAUUAUCCUAAAAAAAUAUAUUAACGAUAAAAGAAAGAUAUGUUUUAAAUAAUUAAAAAAUCAAAGAGAGAUUUAUUGCUUAAACCUUGCAUACAAAAUAAACUUUUUUGUCUCUUUUUAAAUAUUAUUUGCAUAAUUAGGGAAUUUUUGCAAAAAAAUUAUGAAAAAUUUUUAUAGCCCAAAUAUUUUAUCUAUAACACUAUAUUUAGUAAUGGAAAAUAUUUAUAUAUAAUCAGAGCUAUAUUUCUACUAAUGAGUUGAAUCUUUAGACAUCGCUCUUAUCAUUCUAAUUACAAUAUUUAAAUUAUCAGUAAACACAAUUCACAAUUUUAAUGAGAAAACAAUAAUAGCACAGUCUGCUCAAAAUUUAAUUGAAAAACUUUUAAUAUGUGCAAUAAGCUCAAUGAUUAUAAAAUUUUUUCGCAUGCAGACUAAUGGAAAAAGUUGAUAUAAAUAUAAAAUUAAAAUAGCCGCUUUAAGAUGAAUGAGAGAAAAGGAUUCAUGUGGUACAAAGAGUACACUCAAAUCUUAAUAGAAAUGAAAUAUAUCGUAAAAGAUCUGUGCAUGGUCAGUACUGCUAUUUUCAAUGCAAAGAAAAAAAGUGCCGGCAUCAUGCAAAAUCCAUAUACCCUUAGAAGAUGCUAAAUAUGCUGAUAUAAUGAAUCACCAUGAGCAUCUUAACUCUGAUAAGGUAUUAGAAACUUCUAAUAGCGAUUUGAAUAUUAAACACAAGCUGAAUCAAUUAUAAAGAACUUAAUUUCUCAAAAUCCAAAUUUGAAUAUUGAGGAGAUUGAAACACUUUUUAAUCAACAGUUUCCAGAAACAUACAUUCUAUAAUUAAUAUAAGCAUUCUUAUCAAUUAGCUAAUAUCCUAUUUACUAUAUUAAAGACUAUAGGGUUAUUUGCAGAAAAGUUUAUAUUCAUUUUAAAAUAGCACAUCAAGCAAAUAUAAUAAAAAAUCAGUUGAAGAUUGAUAUAAAAAAUUCAAGACAAUUAAUAGGAUUAAAUGACUGGCUAAGUGCAUGCCAGCAGUUUGCACAAAUUGAAUCUUUGAAUAUCAAUUUUUUCAGAUCAUCUGGAAUUGUGUCCACACCUAAAGGAAAUCCAAAGUUUAUCAUAUGAGCCACUGAAUGGCAGCUUUCUUUGCUAAGAGAAGCUGAUCAUUGAUUUGUGGAUGCAACCUUUAACAUUUUUCCAACUGAAGAGUUUAAGCAGCUCUUGAUCAUAAUGGUUUACGAGAAUUUAUCCAAGAAGAGUAUUCCAGGCUGUUUCAUUGCUAUGUCUUCGAAAGAAGUAGAUCUUUAUAUACAUGUAUUUAACAAUCUUAAAUCUUGCAUUAGAAUGUCUGGGCAUCCUAUGAAAUUAUUCUAAAAUAUCUUAAUGCGAAUAAAAUAAUCAAAUAAAAUUGGUAUGAUGAAUUAUAAUUGAAAAGUUUGUAAUCAUUUAAUCUAGAGUGAGAUCAGUAACAGUGGAUUUUGAAAAAGCAUUGCAUAAAAGUAUUUCAGAGUGCUUUGAGGGAGUGCAGAUUAUUGGCUGUCUAUAUCAUUUUUCUUCCAGUAUGUUAAGGAAAGCUAAAGAUUUGGGCAUUUAUAAAGAAAAAGAUAAAAACAUGAAAGAUAAAACAGAUGAAAUAAUGGGAAAAUUAAAAAAUUUAAUCUGAACUAGAAAGAAUAUGAGCAUCUUUCUAGCAUAAAUUAGUCUAUUGAUAAAUAAAAAAGAAUAACGGUUAAUCAUAAAGAAGCUUAUAUUCAAUAAUUAUGUAUUAUGUUUUAAAAACUGGUAAUAUUAAAGAAAAAUUCAACAAACUAAAAGAAGAAUAUAAAAAUUUAGAAGAAUACGAAAGUUUCUUUAAAUACGUGGAGAAAACUUGAAUAAAACCAUUAACAGAUGGCACACUUAAUUAUGCUGAUAUUGAUGAUCAAAGAUAUAGAUCGAAUUCUGUUUUAGAAGGAUUCAAUGGGAGAUUAAAAUCUUAUUUUCCAAAUAGAAAAGCGAAUUUUUACUGAAGUGAUUUUAUUCUUAUAUUGCAUAAACUCUAUGAAGAUUUAUAUCAAAGUAUUACUUCAGCUAGCAAUUUAAGGACGCAAUCCCCACCUCAAUCUCAGAACUUAAAAGAAGAGAAUAAAAAUGAAAAUAUUUCCACAACAACCCAAAGUGCCACUCAAAUAAAUUAUUCAUCAACUGCUACAAAUACAGAUUGAGAUGACCUUAGUAAUUUGUUAGCAUCAAGACUAGCAAAGCAAGGAAAGAAAAAGAUGACAACAGACAAAGUAGAAGCUACUAAUAGAGUAAGAAGAUUAAGAGCAAAUGAGCUUCAAUGGAUUAAAUGGGCAAAUAAUUCCUGUCGCUUUGAUGCUUUUUUUACUUUAAUAACAUUAGCAAUAUAUAAUGAAGAUAGAAAUUCGCUUGAGAAGUACAGAGAUAUACCUAUCAUAUCAGAUCUAUUAGAUAUAGCGCUUUCCCGAGGAUGGCGCGGAAUGGCGCCAUCCUCGGGAAAGCCAGGAAGGCAUCCACACGGGAACUGGGAGUUCCACGUGUGGAUGCCAUUUUGACAUGUGGAAGUUUUGGAUCCCACAUGUCAAAAAUGGCAUCCACAUGUGGAACUCCCAGUUCCCGUGUGGAUUCUUAGUUGACUUUCCCGAGGAUGGCGCCAUUCCGCGCCAUCCUCGCGAAAGCGCUAUACAAUAAACGCUUUGAAUCAAGAUACUAAUUAUGCCUAUUCCAAAUUUUGUUAAAUUUCAUCCAACUGUUAUUGAUGUUAUUGAUUUUGAAAGGUGCACUUAGCUCUUUAUUUAAUAUUUUAAAAAAUUGUGAAGACUUCAGAGUGAGUUAUCAAGCUAUCAUAGUAUGUAAAAAAUGUCCUCAAGAGUCAAGGGAAGUCGUUUUAGAACCAAUUUUAGACUAUUCAGGAGGAUGUGAUUUUGAAAAUUUCUUAGAUUACAGGUUAAGAUAUACAACAACUUCAUGCAAAAAAUGCAAAAAUGAGGCUACUUCAAUCAUUAGAAAUAUUUUAUGACCCAAAUAUUUAUUUAUUGUUAUUGAUGAAGCACAGAGCGCUCUUGAAUAUGAAAAUAUAAAGUCAAUUAAACUAGAUAACGAAUCUCAAUAUGAUUUUAUUGGUGAAAUAUUAUAUAAAAAUCAACAUUUUACAACUGUAUUAAAAAAUCCAUAUGUGAAGACUAGAAGUGGAUACAAAAUGCUCUCUGGCAGCUACCAUCAUGAUGGGAUGAGAAAUGACGGUCAACUUACGAAACUCACUGUUUCAUUGAAAAGGUUCAAAUGUGAUCAAAAGCCAUAUAUUUUAGCAUAUAAAAAGGUUAAUAAAAUAUAAUUCUUAAUGAUAUAUAUGUCCAAGUAGUUGAAAUAUUGGGGUCAUAAAAAUUUUUCAUAAUUUUUUUGCAAAAAUUCCCUAAUUAUGCAAAUAAUAUUUAAAAAGAGACAAAAAAGUUUAUUUUGUAUGCAAGGUUUAAGCAAUAAAUCUCUCUUUGAUUUUUUAAUUAUUUAAAACAUAUCUUUCUUUUAUCGUUAAUAUAUUUUUUAGGAUAAUAUUUGUAUAUAACUGUAGCAUUUUAUUAAAAGAUAAAACACAUAUUGCACUAUGCAUUAUACUGCUUAUAGUUUUGCACACUUUAUCAUAUCUUUUAAUCAGUUUAAGACUUGCAUUUUUUAAUGCUUCAGUUAUGUUUAUAAAAUUUACAAAAAUGUUAAUAUUUUUGCAAACAUGGUAUUUGGAUGCUUAAUUUUACAUCAAAUGAAUUAAUGCAUCUUCAGCUUUCGUUUUAAUACAUAGUUACCAUGAUUAUCUCAAAAAUAAGUUUCGCCACCCCAAAAUUUUCAAUUUUUGCUUUAAUGAUUCUGAUAAAUCCUCUAAGAGUUAAGGCUAUUAACGUCUAUUAUUAAGAUUUUUCCUUGAUAAUCUAUUUAACUCUCAUACAAUGUAAUGCUAUAUCUUUGCUUUAUCUGCACCAAUUAUAAGAUUGAUUUCAUUUUUACAGUCUGAAUUUUUGAGGGAAUUUUUUUGCCAUUUUCGCAAAAUUUUCGCCAUUUUGCCAAAAUAUUCGCCACCUUAGCUUUUUUUUGCCAAUUUUCGACAAUUUUUUGCCAUUUUUUACAUUUUUUUGCCGUCUUUUGCCAUUUUUCGCGAAUUUUUGCCAUUUUUCGCAAAUAUUCGCCAUUUUUUCGCAAAUCUUUGCCAUUUUUUUGCCAUUUUUCGCCACUUUUGCCAAAAUUUUUACGACCUUGGCUUUUUUUUGCCAACCUGUACCAAAAUAUUUGCCAUCCCAAAAAAAUGUCCAGGCGAUUUAUAAAUAUUUUUAACAAAAACAAUUAAUUUAUAAGAAAAAUUUAAUGCCUAUCUCUGGGCCCUUUAUUCUUCAGUUAAGGCUAAAGCAAGCGUUGAUCCAGAAUGCAAUGAGCUUAAUGAAUAUCACGCCAUGCUCUCCUGCAUGAAAAGUAUUUCUACAAUGUAUGGCACAGCAGCAUUGCAAGACUGCAGAGAAGCUUGUGGUGGGCAUGGAUUUCUUGCUUGCUCUGCCUUAGGAAAUAUCAGAAAUGAGCAAGACUGUCACCCAACUUGGGAAGGUGACAACAUGAUUUUGCUUCAGCAAUGUGGAAAAGUUAUCCUAAAACAAGUCCAGCAUGUAUUUAAAGGCAACAAAAUAACCAACCCUGAUCUGCAGUACCUUGAUGUUGACUUCGAGCACCUAAAAGCGUAUAAGGCUGCUUUUCAUGACCGUGAAACCUUAUUAAAUCCUAGGCUUCUAAUAGAGCUGCUAGAAUAUAAAGUGAAUUACUAUAUAAAUCAGACCUUUAUUGCAUUGAGAGAAAAUUCCACAGCUUACACAGACGCAACUGAUGUCUGGAAUAACUCUCAGGUUCAUUAUAUCCAAGAAAUAGCUAAGGCUUAUUGUGAAUAUCUUAUUUAUAUUAAAUUAAAUUAAAUUUGCUCGAAAAAUAAAAUUGGAAAAAUUAAAGCCAAAAAUAAUACAUUUUUGCGAGUCAGUUGAUAAAAAUGGUAGAUAAAUUAUAUGAAAAAUGCCAAAGUACCGGAAAUGCCGUGAAAAAUAUUUUUUAUUUAUAUGUGGUUGAAAGAAUUGAAAAAAGUUUGAGCAUUUAUGUGGAAUACGCUUUAAAUCCAGGACAAGCCAAACUAAUCAGAGACACGGAGCUUUAUCUUUGUCAGGCGCUUAAAGAUAUCAGUGUUAGAAUUAUCGACAUUUUGGGGCCUCCAGAUGCCUUUUUAGGCUCAGUCAUUGGCGAAUCCGAUGGUCAAGCAUAUUCCAAGCUAAUUUCUCAUGUAGAAAAAUCCGAAGACGUUUACAGCAAACCAGCCUGGCUGCCUUUACUUCAACAAAUUAAGCAGAGAGCUUAA